AUUUCUUUCAAUGAUAUAUUAGAAGCGAAAAUCGAGAGAUUGCAUUCAGGGCCAACCCAACUGUCUAUAAAGUGAGGCGUAAGUAAAAUUAAAUAAUGUGCCUCCAUUAUAAACUCUAUUUUAUUGUGGUGUUUUUCGUAGUAUAUAGUGAAGCACAGGGACCAAUUGUUACCAUUGACGAUGGACAAAUUCUCGGUAGCACCCAGAAAUCGGUGGGAAAUGGCGGAACCUUUUACGCUUUUAAGGGAAUCCCUUAUGCCAAACCUCCUGUUCGUAAUUUACGUUUUCAGGCACCGUAUAAAAACGAUCCGUGGCAAGGUGUACUUGACGCGACAAAAGAAAAGGAUAAAUGUGUACAAACCGCGGGAAUACUCGGUCUCACCAUCGCUGGUUCCGAAGACUGUCUACAUUUGAACGUGUAUACAACCAAUGUAACAGGCAACAAUCCGGUCAUGGUAUGGAUCUUUGGUGGUGGUUUCUCCAUAGGCGGAUCCGAGUACAGUUCCUACGCCCCCGACUUUUUAAUGGACAGAAACAUCGUUUUUGUGUCGUUAAAUUACCGACUGGGUGCCUUCGGUUUCCUCAGUACCGGGGACUUAAAUUGUCCGGGCAAUUGGGGACUGAAGGAUCAACUUUUAGCUUUAAAGUGGGUGAAAGAUAAUAUUGAGGCGUUCGGAGGUGACCCGGAGAAAAUUACGAUCGCUGGACAAAGCGCCGGAUCAGCGUCUGUGUCAUAUAUUUUACAAAAUCCACAGUCCAAAGGAUUGUACCGCUCCGCAAUAAUGCAAAGCGGAUCCAGUUUGUGCUUAUGGUCUCUAACGAGGACCGCGAGGGAAAUCGCUUUCGCUAUCGGGGCCCGACUUGGCAUUUUUACUACCGACAGUGGGGAACUGAUCAGGAAACUCAGAAAAGUUGAUUAUCAACGACUCAAACGAGCUGAGAACGAUGUUUAUUAUGUGGCUAUCGCAGUAGAUAAUAUCUUUAAUGGUAUUCCGAUGGGGCCGGUUGUAGAACCCGAGCACGAAGGGGCGUUUUUCACGCAAAAAAGUCACGAAAUGUUAAGGACUGGACAGUUUAAUAAAGUGCCGGUUCUUAUGGGGUUAAAUUCAAACGAAGCCAAAUCCUUUUUGGGUUUGUUUAUAGAUGUUCUUAAGCCCCUGUUUACCAGAUACGACAUCAAUAUCGCCCGAUUAGCCCCAUAUGACUUGACGAGGAAUUCUACGAAAAGGAUUCUGGCAGGAACCGAAAUCAAGCAUCAUUAUUUUGGAGAGGAUCCAAUUGUCACUAGACCAUCCGCAAAUAUUAUAAAAUUUAUAAGUCACGAACAAUUUAAUCGCCCCAUACGAGAAACUGUCCAUCAAAUGUCAAAAUAUGUGGACGUGUACUACUACGAGUUUGGCUAUAGGGGAUCGCUCGGUGAAUUUGAAAGUGACUUUGCCGGGGUGGGACAUUACGAAGAAAUAUUUUAUCAGUUUGCCAAUAAAGCCAAUGCGAACGACGAAGAUAAAAGUGCCAGGACGAUUUUCUUGGAAUUAUGGAGUAACUUUAUUAAAUAUGUAAAUCCCACGCCGAAGUCGUUUGAGGGAGCAACUUGGAUACCGAAUUCACCAAAAAACCAGAAUAAGGAUGUGGUGUACUUGAGUAUAAAUACCACAUUGGCAAUGAGGCAAAACCCUGAUCAAGAAGAUUGGGAGUUUUAUCAAAAGAUUUACGACAAAUAUGGAGAUCCGCCGUUUUCGACUUAUUAGUGUUACUAUAUAAUGGUGUUUAAGCAUUAAAAUUAAUAAAAAGUAAAACACUAAA